AUUAAACAAAAGAUGAAAAAUUCAUGGAAGACCAUGCUUCAUUUUUUAGGUAUAUGUAUUUUGUCAUUGCAGUGGAUGCUGACCCGACAGGAAGUCAAUGUAGCCUUAGGAGGAAUAGCAAAACAAUCUUCUAUAUAUGGAAACUAUUAUUCUGCUAACUUGGCUAUUGAUGACAACACAGCAUCUAACUUCGGGUUAAACUCAUGUGCAUGUACAAAUAAUGACUACAACGCGUGGUGGAGAGUGGAUUUGUUGGCAGUGUAUGAUAUUAGCAAUGUAAUCAUUACUAAUAGAGGUGACUGCUGUCCAGAACGAAUAAAUGGUGCUGAGAUUCACAUCGGUAACUCCCUAAUUAACAAUGGCAACAUUAACCCCAGGUGUGUUGUUAUUUCUAGCAUUGCUGCUGGUGCCUCUGAAAACUACACCUGCAAUAUGAGAGGUCGUUACGUGAACAUCAUCAUUCCCAAUAUUAACCAGUUUGUUACUCUUUGUGAAGUACAAAUCUAUGGGGUUCCAGUGCCUGUAAUUAAGAAGGUAUUUUUGCAAUUGAAGCUCACCAGUAGUGAGGAUCUCAACAACCCUAAGAUUAGGGAUGAAGUUAUUCAAAAGAUCAACUCUUCCAAUGUCCAGUUAUCAGUGUUUCAGAUUCGUUGGACAAAGGAACCAGAACUGGAAACUGUAACUUAA